AUGAAGUUCUCAGCGCUCAUUCCUUUCUUUUUGCUUCCUACUAGCAUAGUUGCACGUCAAUCUAUUGAUGAUGAUGCGCUCAUUGCUAGGGGUGAGUAUCUGAUUGCCCGAGGAGAGCGCCUCAUUGCUCGAGCCAGCAGUAGCAAAGCCAAAGACCCAAAGAAGGGUAAAAAGGAACCACCUGCUGUUAAAGUAGCAUGGAUGGGUGGGGCACGAAGCCGUGCAGCCCUACUCACUAUUGCCCCCAAGACCCUGCCUAUCGAGGUUGCCAGUAUGGAUCAACAUCCCGAGAUAGUCACGCUCAGUGUGGUCUUCCGACAGAUACAACAAGGAGAUAAUGAGUUACUUUGA